UUGUUUUUUAAUGUUAGGUUUGUGCUGGCUGUGGGCAGCGCAGUCUUCGAUGCGAUGUUUAAUGGUGGAAUGGCCACAACUUCUACAGAGAUUGAGCUGCCUGAUGUGGAGCCCGCUGCCUUCCUAGCUCUGCUGAAAUUUCUUUAUUCAGACGAAGUUCAGAUUGGACCGGAGACUGUUAUGACAACACUUUACACAGCUAAAAAAUACGCUGUUCCAGCCCUUGAAGCUCAUUGUGUGGAGUUUCUUAAAAAAAACCUCCGAGCGGACAACGCGUUCAUGCUGUUAACACAGGCAAGACUUUUUGAUGAGCCUCAGCUGGCCAGCCUUUGCCUAGAGAACAUCGACAAGAACACAUCGGAUGCCAUCAAUGCGGAGGGGUUUACAGACAUUGAUCUGGACACCCUGGUUGCGGUGCUGGAGAGGGAUACCCUGGGGAUCCGGGAGGUUCGUUUGUUUAAUGCAGUGGUUCGCUGGUCAGAGGCUGAGUGUCAACGGCAGCAACUUCAGGUGAUUCCAGAGAACAAGCGGAAAGUACUGGGCAAAGCGCUUUCUCUUAUCCGCUUCCCAUUGAUGACUAUUGAGGAGUUUGCAGCAGGGCCGGCGCAGUCGGGGAUCCUCACGGACCGGGAAGUGGUGAGCCUGUUCCUCCACUUCACCGUGAACCCGAAGCCACGGGUGGAAUUCAUCGACAGACCGCGGUGCUGCCUGCGGGGGAAGGAGUGCAGCAUCAGCCGUUUCCAGCAGGUGGAGAGCCGCUGGGGGUACAGUGGGACUAGUGACAGGAUAAGGUUCUCAGUCAACAAAAGGAUAUUUGUAGUUGGGUUUGGAUUAUACGGAUCCAUACAUGGGCCAACGGAUUACCAAGUAAACAUACAGAUCAUCCACACAGACAGCAACACGGUCCUGGGGCAGAACGACACGGGGUUCAGCUGUGACGGAUCAUCAAACACUUUCCGGGUCAUGUUCAAGGAGCCUGUGGAGAUUUUACCCAACGUCAACUAUACGGCGUGUGCUACUCUAAAGGGUCCAGAUUCCCACUAUGGAACCAAAGGACUGCGCAAAGUGAUCCACGAAUCACCAACAACGGGAGCCAAAACCUGCUUUACGUUCUGUUACGCGGCUGGAAACAACAACGGCACUUCCGUGGAGGAUGGACAAAUCCCAGAGAUCAUCUUCUACACAUAGUGCAGCUGCGGAGCUGGCUCUGGACUCUUCUGUUCUCUUCCCCGUGACCUUCCAAACUAAAUUUCUGGCUGAAUUUGACCACACCGAUUGGAGCCACACUAGCCAAAGGUCUCAGUAAAAUCAUUUCAAAGCUCA